AGCCUAAGUAUACGAAGAGCGCAGCAAUAAAUGAGCAGUCAUCGGACCCUAUUCAAAGUGGGUCAAGACUUAAUUGAGCAUCAUGAUGGCGAGUACCAAAGAUUUUUUGCCGGCGGCAUAUACCGGACGUGCUCUUCCCUUCAAGCCAUCGAAAUACCAGGUGACAGUUGCACGUUGCAUUCAGUACCGGGGAUGUCUUUCAUCCAGCCGGAACCGUCAAGUGAUCUCCAGAAUAUCCCUUCACGGAACGCCCUAGCGCGUUCAACGACCCUUGCAAAGAGGCAGAGACGUCGCAGCGAGGCUUCGACCGCUCCCUUGACUUCUUCAACGAAUAUACCCAGUCCUGAUAGCUUUGAUACCAGUGGACCGCUCUACGCGACGGAUGGCGCGUCACAAUCCAAGAUCCUUCAACCAAUACGUGAAAGGACUACGUCUGCUUGUCAAAAUGCUAUACCGCCUCUCUCCUUCCAUAUAUCUUCCCAGCAAGAUCCUGUGUUUAUCGCCUUUUCGUCGUCCCUCUCUAUGAACACCAAACUAGCCAAUACUUGCAUUACGAUGUCGCUCUGUGGCCAAGUCUUUACCUACAACUUGCAAUGCCUGGAGUCUGAUCCAAGGGAAAUCAUCGAGCUGCUGAAAGUUACCGCUAGCGACAAGGGCAACUGGGUACUUGUCGGUGCCUACUACCGACGUAUGGGGAACCCGGUAGCGGCUAUUACAGUGAUGACCACCAUGUUAGAAGAAAUGUCCAAAAAUCAGGUUCCCGACGCCGAUCUCAAGCCUGCAUUCCUCUUCCUUGCCAGCUGCGAACUUGAACUCAGGAAACGGAUAAAACAAGAGGAUGCCGUUAGUGCUGCUCAACAUUCUCAGAACGCCCAGAAGUGGCUGCAGAAGGUGUAUGGCACCUCCUCAGACACCAGCGAUGAGAUGGUAGAAUCGGGCAAGCCGCCCGUACCCGUUGCACGCCAAGCAGUAUCUCAGUCCCAAUCGAAGCCACUUUCUCUACCGAAGAAUAUGAAGAACAAAUCUUAUAAUAAUUCCCUGUCCGAUCCUCGCCAACACGCGAAAUUGCCUCCGAGACCACCAGGCCCUCAUCAGAAAAUCUUGGAACGAGAAAUCGACUCUCUCAGAGACCGGCAGGCCAUGCAGGCCAGUAUUCUUUCCGAAGUUCGCUCCUGUAAGCGACAAUUGGAAGAUGAUAUCAUCUAUGAGCGGGACACUCGACGGCGUAUGGAACGAGAGCUUGAUGCCCUUCGAAGGGAAAGGGAUUCAGCAAGACGGAUCCGAAGCGAAACAGACGCUCGACGAAGAAUGGAAGAGAUCGUGGACAGGGAGAGGCAGCUGAGGAGGGAAACUGAAGGAAGGUUAUACAUCUCAGGGCACAGCAACUCGAAUCUUGCCCUGGACGGAUAACGGGUGUAAGUAUAUCUGUCCAUUUCACUUUUGCAUUUUUAUAGACUUCACGAUUCGAACUUUGCAUAACAAGCAUUUAAUCAGUACUGUAGCAUUCUGUAGAGCAUUGACACCAAUCCUGUAUACGCACUUGUAACUUGUACCACUGAUUGCCGAAAAUACC